AUGACUGUAAACAGUAAUACAGCUCAAACAGUCAAGAGAGGAAAUAACAUCAUAGAAGAGGUUGAGGAUUUCAAAUAUCUAGGCAGCAUGUUAAGUAACACCAAUGGGACGGCGAAAGACAUCAAAGCCAGAAUAAGCAAAGGCGAGAAACGCAUUUUACCAACUGCAAUCCAUAUGGAGAAGUGGGUCGAUCAGUAUGAACAUCAAACUGGAGAUAUACAACGACCAAACAUGGAGAUGGAGAUUAAAAGAAGAAGGUGGCGUUGGAUUGGGCAUGUUCUACGAAAAGGAGGAGACGAUGUCACUAAGAUUGCUCUGAGAUGGACACCUGAUGGAAAGAGAAAAAGAGGACACCCAAAAGAGACAUGGCGAAGGAUGGUAGAACAGGAGAUGAAAGAUAUAGGGAAGAUCUGGGGGGAAAUAAAAAAGAAAGCAAAACACAGGCAGUUGUGGCGUCAGCUGGUUGAAGCCUUAUGUGCUGAUAAGCACGAAAAGGACAAGUAA